ACAUCACGGCGACACUCAUCUUUGUCAGUGAACAAAAUGGCGUCUUACUGUAUGACAGUCACUAGGCUUCGGCUUGCCCUUGGAACUGGGGCAAGGCGACUUCAUGUCUCGUCAGCCUUCAGCGCCAAGGUGGCCAUGAGCCGCUUUGAGCCCGGCUCCAGUGUCAACUAUGAGAAGAUGCGCGAGAACAUCAAAAUCGUGCGCAAGAGGCUCAACAGGCCUCUCACACUGUCUGAGAAGAUCGUGUAUGGUCACCUGGAUGAUCCAGUGGGGCAAGAAAUCGACCGUGGCCGCACUUACCUGCGUCUGCGUCCGGACCGCGUGGCCAUGCAGGAUGCUACGGCUCAGAUGGCUAUGCUUCAGUUCAUCAGCAGCGGUCUGCCAAAGGUGGCUGUGCCCUCAACCAUUCACUGUGACCACCUGAUCGAGGCACAGAUCGGAGGGGCUCAGGACCUGCAGAGAGCAAAGGAAGUGAACCAGGAAGUUUACAACUUCCUUGCAACUGCUGGAGCCAAAUAUGGAGUUGGCUUCUGGAAACCAGGCUCAGGGAUCAUCCAUCAGAUUAUCCUAGAGAACUAUGCGUACCCAGGAGUGAUGCUGAUUGGUACAGACUCCCACACACCCAAUGGCGGUGGCCUGGGUGCCAUCUGUAUUGGAGUGGGAGGAGCUGAUGCUGUUGAUGUUAUGGCUGGGAUCCCAUGGGAGCUCAAGUGUCCCAAAGUGAUUGGAGUGCGGCUGACUGGCACCCUGUCCGGCUGGACUUCUCCCAAAGACGUCAUCCUGAAGGUGGCUGGCAUCCUGACUGUGAAGGGAGGCACUGGGGCCAUUGUGGAGUACCACGGUCCUGGAGUCGACUCCAUCUCAUGCACUGGUAUGGCCACUAUCUGCAACAUGGGAGCUGAGAUUGGAGCUACUACCUCUGUGUUCCCCUACAACCACCGCAUGAGGACCUACAUGCAUGCAACGGGCCGUGGAGACAUUGCCUCCCUGUCUGAUGAGUUCAAAGACGACUUGGUGCCAGAUAAAGGCUGUGAAUAUGACCAAGUCAUUGAGAUUAACCUGAGCGAGCUGAAGCCCCACAUCAACGGGCCCUUCACUCCUGACCUGGCCCACCCUGUGUCUGAGAUCGGGGCCAUAGCCAAGAAGAACGGCUGGCCCCUGGAGGUUAAAGUCGGUCUGAUUGGCAGCUGCACCAACUCCAGCUAUGAGGACAUGGGCAGAGCAGCCUCUCUGGCCAAACAGGCUCUGGAUAAGGGCCUGAAGUGCAAGGCCCAAUUCACUGUUACCCCUGGGUCUGAACAGAUCCGCGCCACUAUCGAGAGGGAUGGAUAUGCUAAGAUCCUGAGUGAUGUCGGAGGUGUGGUGCUGGCCAACGCUUGUGGACCCUGCAUUGGACAGUGGGACAGGAAGGAUGUGAAAAAAGGAGAGAAGAAUACUAUCGUGACAUCCUUCAACAGGAAUUUUACUGCUAGGAAUGAUGCUAACCCGGCUACACAUGCUUUUGUCACCUCUCCUGAGAUUGUCACCGCUUUGGCCAUCGCUGGAACCCUAAACUUCAACCCCGAGACCGACUACCUGACCACACCCAACGGAGAGAAGUUCAAGCUGGAGCCGCCCACUGGUGACGAGCUGCCCUCCAGGGACUUUGACCCGGGCCAGGACACCUACCAGCACCCGCCGAAAGAGAGCAGCUCUGUCAAGGUGGAUGUGAACCCUGCCAGCAACCGUCUGCAGUUGCUGGAGCCCUUUGACAAGUGGCACGGCAAAGACCUGGAGGACAUGAGGGUCCUGAUCAAGGUGAAGGGAAAGUGCACCACCGACCACAUCAGCGCCGCUGGGCCCUGGCUGAAGUUCCGUGGCCACCUCGACAACAUCUCCAACAAUCUGCUGAUCGGUGCAGUCAACAUCGAGAACGAUGCCGUCAACAAGAUCAAGAACCAGCUGACAGGAGAGUAUGGCGGUGUGCCUGAUGUGGCCCGCCACUACAAGGCUAACGGAGUCAACUGGGUGGUGAUUGGAGAUGAGAACUACGGAGAGGGAUCCAGCAGAGAGCACGCCGCCCUGGAGCCCCGGCACCUGGGAGGACGCGCCAUUAUAGUCAAGAGCUUUGCCAGGAUCCACGAGACUAACCUGAAGAAGCAGGGCCUCCUGCCUCUGACUUUUGCCGACCCCCACGACUAUGACAAAAUCCGCCCCGACGACAAGAUUUCCAUCAUGGGACUCAAAAGCUUUGGCCCCGGCAAGCCUGUGACAGCAGUGAUUAAGCACAGCGACGGCAGCAAGGACUCCAUCUCUCUAAACCACACCUUCAACGAGACGCAGAUCGAGUGGUUCCAGGCCGGCUCCGCGCUCAACCGGAUGAAGGAGCUCCAGUAAUUGUUUGAGAGAGGGGAGGCGGGGCCUGAAAGGGCCAAUGAGGGGCCUUGGUGGGGAUUAUGAACGGGAGAAAUGUGGGCCUGGAUAUGCCAAGAGGGAGGGGCUUCGCAAAGAGGAAACGAUGAUGGGAAAUAGGUAGAUGGUAACCAGAUUUCUUUGUGUUUAGGCUGGUAGACGGACAGCUAUAGACAUGCUUCAGUAGAAAGGAGUGUACUGACUCAGCCCAUUCACACACACACACACACACACACACAUGCACACAACCCACACAUACACACAAGGUCGCUGUACAGAUGAAAAGCGCACACACACAGACACAAACACACACAGACAAGAUUACUGUGAAAGCACUCCCGGUUGGCACGCAGAAACACACGCACACGCACACACACACGCGUGCUCACAAAUCAGCGCACGUAAUGGCAGGCAUCGCUUAGCAGUGUGUGUCCUCUGUUCGAGGCAGCGCUGUUCGCAUUGGCAGCGCUUCCUUGGCGUGAAUCGUAUUCGUCGAGCUUAUUUGUUGUCUCAUCGACUGCAACCCUGCUGUAUCGUUCAUGCACAGGCGCACAAACACGCACACAGCAUCCCAUCCAGCACACACUCCUCUCCUGGAUCUCUGUCAGCGUUCGUCUCAGUUGCUCCAUCCAAACAGUGAAAUAAGCUGCCCAACCUGAGAUGCUCAACUCAGAUGAAUGUAUUUGACCAGUCACUUGUCCUCGCUGUGUCAGGAAGUCCAAAUAUGAGUAGCUUUUUCCCGGCUAAUGCGCCAAUUGGUCGUUUUUCCCCUCCAGCUGUAGUUUAACAAGCAAGUUUUCACACUGUAAGUGAGCAGCCAGGUUGACAGAUUUACUGUAUGUAGCAUCAGUGAAAUCCCUAAGGCCCCUGCUCUUCACACACUGUUCUCAGUGAGUCUGACAUCUUGUUUUGGAUGCUUGUUGUCUGAAUAAGAAUUUUUCCACAUGCCACUCUGUACAUUUCAACCAAAUCUCUUGAGCUUUGUACUUUCCACUCCCCGAUGAUCUUUGUUUUCCGCUCUCUCUUUUAUUUUUGGGCUCCUGCAUGUAACGCCUCAUUGUGCGUAAACCUUUUCUGUGUGUUUGUGUGUCUCUACGGGCAGGACAACAAACUAGAACGCACACUGCUGUCGUCUUAGCGCUACAGUAGUCUUGCCAUAUUUUUUCCCCUCCGUCUGUAUCUGUCCUUUGUGUGUCUGUGUGCGAUGUGCAAUGGUCUGUGUUCCCAUCUGUCCGUCCCCUCUUUGCCUGUCCCAUGUCUCUCUUUGUGUUUUGGCCAGGUCCUCAGGCUGGCUUGCUCGGAUCAAACCACAACCUGACACGUUUUGGUGAAAUGGGCUAAACAUUAAAGCUGCAUUAGGCAAGAUUUUGAUGUAAAAAGUUACUCAUCUUUUUAGUCGUAGCCACCGUGUGUAACUGCAGCAAAGAAAAGCAUGCAUCUGUUAGCUGAAACACUCAAGUCGCCCUGUUUACCAAAUGAAAUUCUCAGGUGUGGCUACCAGAAAUGUUCAUCGCUCAUAGAAAGUGGAAAAUUGAAACUACAAAAAAAAAAAAAAAUAGUGAAAAUAGAAACAUUUUCGUGAAGAGCAGUGAGUGAGCGCUGUGUCCAAAGAAAGCUGGACUCAGCGAUGUUAGUUCUUUUUGGCUGUUGUCCCUUUAGCUUCAUUUGGUACAAAGAGAUCACAGACCGUAGGUGUGAUAAACAUAACCGCGCCACAUACUCACAUCCUGUUACAUGAUUUCUGGGUACUGAAGUCCAGAUUCUUCCGUUCCCUCGCUUCCGUGUGAAAUUGUCUAGUGCAGCUUUAAUGGCUGUUUGUCUUUGAGCUGAAUAUGUUUUUCAGGUUGGGGUUCGGUCCUCAUCAGUGUGAGGAGGCCUACUGUCUUCUUACAGACGUAAACUAACGCACAAUCUAAAGUCCAGACGCCUGUACGCUAGCACUCCAUAGUGUUAGGGAAGUAGUUGUAGGUGUGCUAUGCCACGCUUUCCUCUGUAAACAUGCCACUCCUCAGUAUCCCACUGUAUUUAGCGUGUGACUCCAAAUGACUGACAUCAUACAGCGGAUAAUAUUUAUUAUUACAUACAUGUGAAUUCAACUCGGUACACAGUUCAAGAUUCAAGCUCAUCGUGGCGUUACAUUUCGUCUUGAAUCUAGCCAUGAUGUAUGUAGAUUGAGCCAAAUAAAUAGUUAGAUUUAUAGGCCUGCAGAUGUUAGAGGUCAUUGCAGCUGUGUUUUAUUUAAGUGCUGUUUUGGCCUCUGUGUUUAGAUCUCGUCAUGUAGAAAAUCUAAAAAUCUGUCUACUCUCCUGCAGAAGAAACAGCUGGUUCUUUGGAUUAAUAAUCAGCCAUAGAUCCCAAAGGCAAAUCUCCAUGUAUUAAAAAGUCACCCAAGUUUGGACCUGUGUGUAAAUGAUGUGAUAUAUAGCUGCACUUUGUAUAGGGGCUGUGUACAUAUAGUAAACAUAGAGAUAUAUAUAUAUAUAUAAAUGUAUGGAGAGAGCAAGAGAGCUGCUGUACGCUGCCUGUCUAAAUGCAGAGCCUUUUGCUCUGGGUGAGCCGUUGUAACAUAACGUAGCGAUGCUGCCUCCCCUCUAUUGUCUUUAUUAAACUGAAUCUUACCCGACAGUUUCCGUCUUUCUCUCCCCUUUCCCACCCAACUCGAAUAUUUUCACAAGCCACGUGACAUGCGGAUUUUAGGGUGCAAUCAGAGGCUAAGCACAGAUAUUGGAUUGUAGCUGUCAGUUGUGCUCAGUGUUUUGAGACUCGUGGUAUUGUAUUAUACCUGUUGAAAGGCUUUCGGCACGCAGCUGCUGGGUUGAUGUCUGAGACAAUGAAAAGGGAUUGUUAUUUUUUUAUGAAGAUGACUCAUGAUGGUGUGGUUUAAUUUUCUUACUUUUGUUUGAUUUCAGUUGUGUUUUAAGGUGUUCUGAGGGAUGGAGGUGAUUGGAAGCAGGGGUGGCCCAAGGUUGAGACAAACACACUUAGUUGUCCAUGAUAUAUAUAUAUAUGUCGUGUUUAGGCACAUGAACCUUUGGCUCAACACUCACAGGAUCAUCACAAACACUGGUUUAGCCGCUCAUGGAGCUCAGCACUUUGACGGUAAAACAUUUUCAACACUCCUGAUCUCUUUAGUGCAGUACUCGCCAAAGAUGCCUCAUCAAAAUACUCCAUGAAAUAUGAAAAUGAAACUGAAUAUUCCUGCUGAAUCACUUGGGAUUGUUGGUCCAGAGUUAUUCUCGAUCAGCUGUGGUUGAAAACUGAAUUUGUUACUGUGCACCAAACUACCUACUGUCAUGUUGACAUUUCAAAGUCGACCAUGUGCAGCAGUGUUUGAAUAUGAACAGGGUGUCGGUUCCUGCAAGGCUCAACAGAAAACCAUGUCCAGUGUGAAAUACCUUCAGAAAUGUUUGCUACCUUCAGUGAUAGAUCGUUUUCCUCAUAUAUACACAUCCAUACCAGGCGCUUGUGGGGCAUUUUGCUUAUACUGUGAUGUACGAUAAUGCUUUGUUCACUGGUCCAGGUCUUUGAAUUUCUAAGAGCUACUGUAAAGUGACAAAUCAAAUGAUGUUAAUGGCAUCGUCCUCUAGCAUGCCCAGUGUGUCAUUUUGUACCCAGGCUCUGUUUGGCCAGGUCCUCUCUGGUGUGUUUUAAAUAAAUUCUUCAGUAACAGCAGUGAUUUGUUCAAACAUAGCAAACAAAUGGAAAUGUAACUAUCUCAUGCAAACAGCUGUUGUGAUUGCCAUGUUAUUUCAUAGUGAUGAACCCCCCUUAUCACUAAUCCCACCUGUUUUAACUUUAAUCUUUAUUUUGUUAAAGUAGGUGAUUUGAGACGCUUGCACUUUUAAAGCUUGCAAGUUUAAGAUGAGAUCUCAGUAUGUACAACAUAAAUGGUAAAUUAAUAAAUAUUAAAUUUCAGAAGUGGA